AUGUCUGCAGUGGCGUGGCCGCCUCUCGCGCUCGGCGCUCGGCUAGUCGGAUCUGUUUCGUUGUGUGGCGGGAUCCGGGCUGCGUGCUGCUUUGCUGAGGACCACCAUGGCCGAGUCAGCCGAUAAACUGUACCGCGCCGAGUAUGCCAAGAGCGGCCGGGCCUCCUGCAAGAAAUGCUCGGGGAACAUCGCCAAGGAGACCCUGCGGCUAGCCAUCAUGGUGCAGUCUCCAAUGUUUGAUGGAAAGGUACCACACUGGCAUCAUUAUGCCUGCUUCUGGAAGAGAGCACGGGUAGUAUCCCACGGAGAUAUUGAUGGUUUUACUGAGCUACGAUGGGAAGACCAAGAGCAGAUAAAGAAGGCCAUUGAAACUGGGGGAGCAACAGCAGCCAGCGGCGGCGAUGCCAAAGGAGGAAAAACAGAGAUGACAUUAAUAGAUUUCGCAGCAGAGUAUGCAAAAUCAAACAGAAGCACAUGCAAAGGGUGCAAUGAGAAGAUAGAAAAGGGCCAGGUCAGAAUUUCGAAGAAGAGUGUGGAUGUAGAACGGCCUCAGCUUGGUAUGAUUGAUCGUUGGUACCACUGUGACUGCUUUGUCAGCCGGCGUGACGAACUAGGCUUUCUGUCUAUCUACAACGCCACUCAUAUGAAGGGUUUCAAAACGCUAAAAGACGAAGACAAAGACAUUCUGAAGGUCAAACUCCCAGCUUUGAAGAACGAGGGGAAAAGAAAAGGCGAUGAGAUUGAUGGCUCUGGUGUAUCCAAAAAGAAGAUAAAGAAAGAAGAGGCCAAGCUUGAGAAGUUGCUAAAGGAGCAAACUGAGUUUGUCUGGGGAAUUAAAGAUGAAUUGAAGAAGGUCUGUAGCACGAACGACCUAAAGGAACUUCUUAUAGCCAACAAGCAGCAGGUCCCAUCAGGAGAGACGAAUAUCCUGGACAGGGUUGCAGAUGGAAUGGCUUUUGGAGCUCUACUGCCGUGUGAGGAGUGCAAUGGACAACUCGUCUUCAAAACAGAUGCCUACUAUUGCACAGGGGACAUCAGCGCCUGGACUAAAUGUGUUGCUAAAACACAGACCCCUAACCGGAAAGACUGGGUGAUACCAAAGGAAUUCCAUGAAGUUCCGUAUCUGAAGAAAUUUAAGUCUAAGAGGCAAGAUCGGGCCUUCCCUCCCCCAGUGGCUCCUAUCCCUGCGAGUGCUCCAGUCUCUGCUAAAUCUGAGCCUGCACCUAUAGAGAUUGCCCCAGCCGGAAAACCUCUGACCAACAUGAAGAUUCUGACUCUUGGGAAACUGUCAAAGAACAAAGAUGAAAACAAGUCACUUAUUGAAGAGAUGGGUGGGAAAGUUACAGGAUCUGCAAACAAGGCGACUCUUUGUGUUAGCACUGCAAAGGAACUGGAGAAAAUGAGUAAGAAGAUGGAGGAAGUGAAGGCAGCCAACAUCAGGGUGGUGAGCGAGGAAUUUCUGAACGAGUUGGGGUCUGGAAAGAGCAUCCAGGACUUGAUGGCCCAGCAUGGGAUAUCGGCAUGGGGAGCAGAGAUUAAACAAGAAGUCACACAGGAACCUCCACCUAAGCAGAAAUCCAGUGGAGUCGCUGCUGGAAAAAGCACCGGGAAAGUGAAGGAGGAACAGGGAGGCAGCAAGUUGGAGAAAAAGAUGAAAUUAACAGUGAAAGGGGGAGCCGCUAUUGACCCAGAAUCUGGACUUGAAAACUCGUGUCAUGUCUUGGAAAAAAAUAGCAAAAUCUUCAGUGCUACCUUGGGUCUGGUUGAUAUAACUAGAGGGACGAAUUCUUACUACAAACUUCAGCUUAUAGAACAUGAUCGAGAUGCGAGAUAUUGGGUGUUCCGCUCCUGGGGACGUGUGGGAACAGUUAUUGGUAGCAACAAACUGGAAGAAAUGUCAUCGAAAGAGGAAGCCAUAGACCAUUUCCUUAAUCUGUACCAAGAAAAAACAGGCAAUGCCUGGCAUUCCACGAACUUCACAAAGUAUCCCAAUAAAUUCUACCCCUUGGAAAUCGACUACGGGCAGGAGGAAGAGGUGGUGAAAAAGCUUUCUGUAGACGCUGGCACUAAAUCCAAGCUUCCUCCACCAGUCCAAGACCUCAUCAAGCUGAUAUUUGACUUGGAGAGUAUGAAGAAGGCCAUGGUGGAAUUUGAGAUUGAUCUUCAGAAGAUGCCUUUGGGAAAGCUUAGCAAACGUCAGAUCCAGAGCGCCUACUCCAUUCUCAAUGAAGUACAGCAGGCUGUGUCUGACAAUGCUGGCGAAGCCCGUUUGUUGGAUCUCUCCAACCGUUUCUAUACUCUCAUACCUCAUGAUUUUGGAAUGAAGAAACCCCCAUUGCUAAAUAACUCUGACUACAUCCAGGCCAAAGUUCAAAUGUUGGAUAAUCUUCUUGACAUUGAAGUGGCUUACAGCCUUCUUAUGGGUGGCACGGACGAUGGCGAGAAAGAUCCAAUCGAUGUGAAGUAUGAAAAGCUCAAGACUGACAUUAAGGUUGUUGACAAAGAUUCAGAAGAAGCCAAAAUUAUUCAUCAAUAUGUCAAGAACACGCAUGCAGAAACGCACAACAAUUACGAACUGGAAAUCGUUGAUAUCUUUAAGAUUGAUCGUGAAGGAGAAAGACAGAGGUACAAGCCUUUCAAACAGCUACACAACCGUCAGCUGCUAUGGCAUGGUUCCCGCACUACAAACUUUGCUGGGAUCUUGUCUCAGGGCCUACGAAUCGCUCCACCUGAAGCUCCUGUUACCGGUUACAUGUUUGGUAAAGGUAUCUACUUUGCUGAUAUGGUCUCCAAAAGUGCAAACUACUGCCACGCAAUGCCGGGUAACCCUCUUGGCUUACUUCUUCUGGGAGAAGUGGCCCUCGGAAACAUGCACGAACUGGCAAACGCUACCCAUAUUACAAAAUUACCCAAGGGAAAACACAGUGUUAAAGGUAUUGGUGGAACUGCACCAGAUCCGUCUGCUACUGUACAGCUUGAUGGCGUUGAUGUUCCUUUGGGAAAAGGCGUUUUUUCUAAGACUGAUGCUAGACUGCUGUAUAACGAAUACAUUGUCUAUGAUGUUGCCCAAGUCCAUUUAAAAUACCUGCUGAAGCUGAAAUUCAACUACCGAGGGGGCAUGUUGUGGUGAUCACACAUUGUACUGUGUAUACCAACCUACACUCUGAAUAUGCAUUGGAUCUGACCUAAUCAUUUGCAUUGAUGUCUCCUGCCUGGGAAACCAAUGAACUAUUGUCUGCAGAUACAAACUUUUACUUCCUCUUUGAAUCUGUGUCGGAGGGCUUCAAUCCAAGCCAUACCUUACUGACCCCAUAGGCAAUGCAAAGUAUAGGCUUUUAAAAGAAUGCUGUAUAAGGUUUGUGUAUUCAAAGAAUAUAUACAGUUACAUUAUAGCAGUCUAUUCCAGUUUGAGCUGUGUGAUCCCUAUUUCUUUGGAACCUAAUGUGACAAAUAGUCCUUAAUUUUAAAAGCUGAAAAAAGCUAUUGAAAAAAAAAAAAAUAAUUCUACCGUUCUGUUCAAUCCGUUCUUCCAAAUUUCUUUCAAAUGUUAAACAACCGUUUAUUUUCAGGUUAAAAAAAUAUAUAUAUAAAAAAAAAAAAAAAAAAAAAAAACUUUCUUACUGGUGAUAUCAUGUUACCUAUUUUGUACAGAUUUUUGUUAUGUUUUUUGUUAGUGUUUUUCUUUGUUUUGGGGGUUUGUUUGUUUUGUUUGUUUUUUAACCAAGGGAUUUAUUUACUUAACUGUGAAUUGUGGUGGACUGAAUAUGGCUACAUUUAUACCAGUAUGGCAUAGUUGGAAAAAACUGUUUCCUUUUUUAGCGUUAGUGUUUACAAUUUGAUUUAGGUCAUCACAAUUCACGCAGGAUUAUUUACUAAACUGGGAAUUAUCAGCAAUUCUCAAAGUAUUGCAAAGUUAAAUCCAAAAUAUGCGAGGUGGAUGACCAAUUGACGGUAUAGUGAAUAUCCCUGAAAGGUUAGUGAAUACAAUUGAUCGGCUGUGAACAGCAUGUUGCUUUUGCUGUACUAAGACAAAGGUUGCUCUGCAAUUGGAGAGUUAAAUGUUAGAAUACGGUGUAUAGAACAUUCUAGAAGGCAUGGUAUGUUUGCGCACCUCUUAGAUCAGAAUAAAAUAAAUGCACUCAGCCCUUUAA